CUGCGGAAGAGCUCGAAGAAAGCAACAGAAAGGACAGAAGAAGACAUGGCUGAAGUGUCACUGUACCUCACAAACGUUAACGUGUCUCUGGGGCAAACUAUGGACCCAGAAAAGAGUUCUACGGUGGUGAAGGAGUUUGAAAAUGUGGAACUUGGAGAUCUGGGCAAAAAGAAGCCAAGGAUUCCUCGCAGAACAAUCUACUUUGCCUCUGGUGAAACCAUGGAGGAGUACAGUACAGAUGAAGAGGAGGAAGAAGAACCAGAGAAAGCGAAAACUUUAAGUACAGUGGAUACGUCAAAGUUGACCUGGGGUCCAUAUGUCUGGUUCCAUAUGUGGAGAGUGGCUACCUCAUCCAUCUCAGUUUGUGACUAUCUUGGAGAGAAAGUGGCCUCACUGCUGGGAAUCACGACGCCAAAAUAUCAGUAUGCAAUUGAUGAGUACUACAGGAUGAAGAAAGAGGAGGAGGAAGAAGAGGAGGAGAACCGUCUCUCUGAGGAGGCAGAACAUCGUUUUGAGGAGCAGCACAAUCAGGAGGGCCAGCAGCCAAAGAUCGAGCAACCAGAAGGAACUGCUUCUUUUGUGAACGUGACUUUUGAACUGGAGCAGGAAUCACAUGCUACAUCUGAUGCUAAUAAAGUGCCUGCCCCCAUUUCCUCCUAAAAUACUGUUUAGUUGAUUGAGCAUAUUAGAUGCUUUUUACCAUAUUAACCUUAGACAUGAGGUGUGCUAGGUUUCUUUAUUGGAGGAGAAGUUUACAUGACGUUAAACAUGAAGGUAACGUUGUUUAUGCAUAGCUGACAAUGAUUCUGCUUUUAAUGCAGAACUGUUUUAUUAAUCAUUUCACAAGCCAUACAUAAAACUAGCAUGGAAUAAAAAUAUAUAAUAAAAAAGUAAUUGCGAAUUUACCUUACAAUUCUGACUUUUUCUCUGACUUU